AUGGAUCCCGUACGUAUUGUCGGCGCCGGCAUUGUCGGCUUGACCUUGGGUCAAGCCUUGAAACAGAAAAAUAUUCCCUUCGAAAUCUAUGAGCGCGACGAGAGCCCUGAUGUCCGCGGCCAGGGAUGGGCCAUCACUCUCCAUUGGGCUCUGGAAUAUAUGUGGCAGAUGCUUCCAGAAGAGACACUGGCGCGCAUACAGGCAGUACAAGUGGACCCCGAGGUUGCCCGUCACGACAAUGGCAAUUUUCUGUUCAUCAACUUGCAAACAGGAGAGCCCAAGUACAAAAUCCCCCCAAGUGUACGAUGGCGGGUGAACCGUGAAAAGAUGCGUCGCGCAUUGUUGCACGGGAUCGAAGAACAUGUUCACUGGGGCCGACAAGUAGUGGAUCUCGACAUUCCAGUCGCCUCAAAUCAAGUGGAAUUAAUUUUCGCAGACCGAAGUACGGUUAAGGGUCUAAUCGCCGUGGGUGUGGAGGGAAGCCGGUCCAUGGUGCGUCGGGUUCUGCGACCUGAUGCCUUCAACAACUCGCCCCUAGAGAUCAAAUUCACUGGCGUCGCAGUGGACCUCACAUCUGAGCAAAUUAAGCCAUUACGUGACAUGGACCCUCUCUUAUUUCAAGGCUGUCAUCCACCGACAGGGGCUUUCUUCUGGUUUUCGAUGCUGGAGACGCCACAGGUGAACGGGACAGCGGGGACGGACACCGAGCACUACCGCGCUCAGAUAUGCAUGUCUUGGCCGGUCAAAGGGCCAGAAGAUGAGGUCGCAGCGUCAAAUGAGGCUCGGCUGGCCAAUAUGAAGAGCCGAGCGCAAGGAUUUGUGGCAUUCCUUCAGGAGGCUGUCGAACGCAUCCCGGCUGGGACGCCUGUGACGGAGAUCAGGUUGGCAGAUUGGGAAUGCCUUCCAUGGAACAAUCAUGGAGGCCGGGUAACCCUAGCGGGGGAUGCUGCGCAUGCAAUGACAAUGUAUCGAGGAGAAGCCGCAAACCACGGCCUGCUCGACGCAUACUAUCUGGUCAACGCCAUCGAGGCCAUUUAUAAUGGAACGAAAACAGCGCCAGAGGCCAUUGGUGAAUUUGAAGAUGAGAUGAGAGCACGCACCAGCCGGGCUGUGCGAUUAAGUCGCCAAGCAUGUUAUGAUGCUCAUGAUUGGAACAGAUUAGAUGAAACGUCAGCUAUCCUGACCAAAAGAUCCAUUGUAGCCAAAUGA